CUUUAGUCUUAACCACCGCCUCAUUUCUUUGUCCCUCAAUUCAAUCGUCAUUUGUUGAAGUUUUCUCAUAUUAAGAUAUUUCUUUUUAAUUAAAAGAAAUAACUUUUUAAUCAUAAAAUCAUGCAUCAUCAAUUAUCAAUAAAACACCCAUUUAACUUUUCUCUUUUUCUCUGCUUCGACUUGAGAGCUUGUUGAUAUUGACAAAGCCAUAAAGCCAAACAAAACCCUGAAACAUAUAAUUUUUUAAGGAAAAAAAAACAUCUUCAGCAGAUAUAGAUAUAUUUCUGUUUGUUUUAAAGAUUAUAUUUUUGUUGGUGAAUAGUAAUAAUUAGUAAAUAGUUUGAAGAGAAACAUCCAAGGGCAAGGAGCCAAGCUCAUCCUUUGGUCUUUCAAUGGAUUCCAAUUUCUGGACAUCUCGUCUUGCAGCUGCCAAACGCCAAUAUAAUUUGCAGCACCAUCAUCAGAGCUCUCAUUUGGAUCGUUUGAGCAUCGAUGAUUUUGAGGUCGAGGACGAGGUACGACCCGAUUUCCCAUGUCCGUACUGUUACGAGGAUUUCGAUAUCUCGUCCCUGUGUUCGCAUCUCGAAAAUGAGCAUCCCUGCGAGUCAAAAGUUACGAUUUGUCCAAUUUGCUCUGUCAAAGUUGCAAGAGACAUGCUAAGUCAUAUCAAGCUGCAACAUGGACAUUUAUUCAAGCUGCAGAGAUGUCGUAGGUUACGUAGAGUUGCAAUUCCUAAGAGUCAGGUACUGUCUCUCCUGGACCGGGAUCUCCACGAAGCACAUCUGCAAGUGCUUCUAGGGGGUGGUGCAUAUAGUUCAAGCAGUGCCAAUGUCUCUAAUGCUGCUACUGAUUCAUUUCUUUCUUCACUCAUUUUGAAUUUCCCUGCAUCUGAAGCAGAAGAAAUUACAAAAUCUGUUGUAACUAGUGUUGAAGACAUUGCUGCAAAAAAUGUGGCUACAGCACAUAUGUGGAAAUCGAGUUUUGAUCCUUGUUUGAGUUAUGAAGAGCGGGAAAAAAGGAAUCGGCAAGCCACAGGGAGAGCUGGUUUUGUCCAAGAUCUGUUGUUGUCAACUCUUUUAAAUGACCAACAAAAGCAGUAAGUCGAAUGAAAAAUAAUGAAGUUAGUUAUCAAAAUCUUGGUGAGAGGCACUUCUGUGUAGGAUUCUAAUGAUUUUAUAACAUUUAUCGACCCAAUGCUUGUCUAAUCUGAAUGUUGAAGCACCACAUGAUUGCUUCAUGAUGAGACCCCCCCAUCAUUUUAUAGCUCCUUUUCUACCAGAAUUGCACUAUAUUCUGGGGUAAAAAUAACCUUUCUAGUUUAUAGCUUAACUUUAAUUUAUGAGAUGCUUCUUACAAUUAAAGGUAAAGCUGUUUUAACCUUAGUUUCUAGCAUAGCUCCAAUUUUUUCUUUGUAGUUGGUUCCAGCAGAAAGUGAAUUGAACAAAGAGAAACCCUGCAAUUCUCUCGUCUGAUAUUCUAAUUUCUGGGUUGAUUGUAUGGGGGUAAACCAAACCUCUUUUCUUCCCACUUCUCACCAUAUCUUAUCCAAUACUUAGGCUACACAACAAGAAAAACAUCCACUUUCUCUUGAAUUCUUAGUACAGGCAGGAUUGGGUUUCAAAUCCUUGAUGCAACCAACAGGACCAAGGAACUCUACUAAGCAAACCGGGACCUUUGUCACAUGUCUAAAACUUGCUGAAUUGCUUGAAUUCAUUACAUUUAAAGUUAUUCACUCACCUUAAUCCCACAUGCAAAAAAGGAAUUUCUCUCCUGCGUUUCAGUUUCUAAUAAGCAAAACGUGGGUUUCUACUCCCCAUUUUGAUAAUUGGUUCAGCAACAAGCCAACACGAAGUCCUCCAAACCGCCACGCAUCCCCAGCUUUGGCAAUUUGACAUCUAACCAGAUACAAAAAGGGUCAAAAGUGAAAAAAUGGAAUAGCAAGUAAAACGUCAGGACAUUCUAUCUCUCUAGUUUUGUCUACGUUAGGUCGGUCCGACAGUACAAAUAAACUUUUAUGCAAACAAAAAAGGGUGGUUUCGUGCAUAGCUGCCCCAUUUCACGCACGUGCACUACCUCCCACUUUCUCAUCUUCAACUUUCUCAUCUUCAAAUGAACUCAAGCACAGAUUUAAUCAUGUUUAAUUUCUUUACCAACAUUGCUUGCAUCUAUAAAUUUAAUCAUUUUGCAUUGGGAAGGGUUUACAUUUAGGAUUGUAACUUCAAAUACUUUGUAUUUUUUAAAAAAUAAAUUAUAUGAAUAA